ACUGUUAAUCAAACUAUUCGAGUGGAUGUGAGACGGACUAUAGCUUGACAAGAUUUCAGUUGGGUCGAUGCACAUAGUUUCAGUUAGAGAGUAGGGUAUACGAACUACGUCGUUUUUCAUGUUCCAUGGUAGAACCAUGGAUUUAUUCUCAAUCUUUCGUUCUGCGUUGGUAGUAUUCUUGUUGGCUGUCACAUUCCAUGGUGCAAGUGAGUAAAAAAAAUAAUAUUUUUGUUAACAAAACUGUCACAUUCCAUGGUGCAAGUGAGUAAAAAAAAAUAAUUUUUUGUUAACAAAACUGUUACAUUCCAUGGUGCAAGUGAGUAAAGAUUUUUUUUUGUUUUUUUUUGGUGGUUAUCAAAACAAAAAACUCAGCCGUAUGCAGUGCCAUCUUAAGGCAUGGGCCCAGUGGGCUCUGGCCCAGGGCCCCGGGCAUGUAGGGGGCCUCACGCAUCUAGGAGACUCACUCUUAUAGAGGCAUCAUGCUUUACAUAGUGUUAAUGAAUAUGGAAAGAUUUUGACAAUUUAAUUGGAUUUAAAAAUUUCCGAUUUCCUAAAUUUUAGCCCACGACAUAUAUCAGCACAUUCCAAAAUUAAUAUUAUAAAUGCGAAUCAAAACUGGAUUAUUUUAAGCCUUCUAAAGGGAAAUAACUCUCGUCAACAAGUUUUACUUUUCCCCAAAUAUGAUUUUUUAAAAAAUAAGGUUAGAAUUUAUGUUUUCCUGCUGCUUUUCGGACCCGGGUUUCAAGAGGCAGAGUAUGGGUUAAAAAAAAAAAAAAUUAUUAUUAAUAUUAUGGUAGGGUUUGUAAGAAAAAUUUUUGGUAUCAAAUGAAAGAUAAUUUAAUGGACUAUAUAUUGUAAACUCACUUCUUCAGUUAUGUCAUUUGUGGUAGUUUGACAUACAUGUGGCCAUAACACUUCAUGAGUUUCUGACAUCCUAUCUUCAAGAAAUUAGAGAAAAAAUUUGUAACUUUGAACGUAAGACCAAGAGAAGGUGUCCAGAUGGUAAGAAAACGGAAAUGAAAUCGAAGUGUCCAUCAAAGUAGAUAUGAUGGACCAGAAGAAGUGACAGGUCUAUCUAAAUAUGAUAAAAGUGAAAAGUUCAAAAUCGAAACUCUUCUCCCUAUUUUGGACUUCCUGAACUCUGACCUGACACAACGUAUACACUAUUAUUCUUGGAUUGGAAAUCUGCUUACCUUCUUUACGAAGUUAAAAAAAAACAACCAAUUAUUUGAUUCCAAUGAGAUAAAUAAAAAGUGUGAAGAUCCAGCUAAUAUGUAUCACUAAGACCUUAAUACGGAUGACCUAUUAAAUGAAUGCAAGAAUCUCAAGAACUACCUGGUUCUUGAUGAAAAGUGUGACCAUAUCGCUGCUUUGUAUGAACAAAUAAUUGCAAGCAACUUGAAAUGUGCCUUUCCUAAUGUUGAAAUUGCCCUCAGAGUGUUCAUGUCAAUGAUUCUAAUCAACUGUACAGGGGAAUGUUCAUGUUCAAGAUUGAAGUUCAUAAACAAUCAGAUUCGCUGUACAAUGGGACAAAAACUUUUGAACUGGCUUUCACUUAUGUGCAUGGAAAAUGACAUCCUUAAGACCAUUGUCUUUAAACCAAUAAUAAAACAAUUCUCUGCAAAAAUUACGCGAACGAUUAUGUUGAUCUACAUUAAAUACUUUAUUCUAUCUAUCUGUCAAUAAUGAUAAUUUAUCAUCCUCUGUGAUUAUUUAUAGUUUAUUUCUGAUACUGUUUUAAAACUAUUAUUGAUUUUGAAUGAUUUUGUUUUUUUGUAUCAAUAAAUUGAAUUCAUAGAAGUUUAACUUUAUUGAAUGUUUAUUUUUAUGUUACAUUUUCAUUCCUCUUGGUGAGUUGGUGGGCAGCAGGAACUAUAGUUUUGCCACCCCCACUGUUUGAGCAUGGGGUGAGUGCCUCCCUUAGUCCACUUUCUCACGGCCCAGGUGUGUUGCGUUGCUAAGGGGCCCCAGUCCAUUGCUGCGCCAGGGGGGCCUCCUAUGUUGUUAUGACGGCCCUGGUCGUAUGAAUAUAUUAAUUAUGUCAACAAUGGUUGAAAUAAUCCUUUAAAAAUUACCAUACUUAUGCACACAUUAUUUAUUAAAACUGUAGUCAGACAAGUGAGGAGUGUCCGGCUCUAUCAAGAGUUGUCCAGUAUAUAUGAGCUGUAAAUUGAGAUGCGAUUGUUCGAUCUUUUCUCGAUAUUCGGAUUUGGCCGACCAGUUUGUGAAAUUUCAUUUGGGUUUUCGACUAAGUCGGAAAGAACAAUAUUUAUUUUGCGAAUGUCUAAUUUCAUACUUAAUAUUGACUAUUAAUAUUAAAUUCAAAUUUACUAGUUAACACAGGCCUGCACAAAUCAAAAUGUAAGACGGGUCAUAAUACUUUAUGAAGAACUUGUGCGGGCCGAAAGACAAUAGGACGGGGGGGGGGAGUUAUUAAUAAAAUAAUAAUAAUAAAUAAUAUUUCGUUACUGUGUGGGCCGCAAAGUGGGUGCUGGCGGGCCGCAUGCGGACCAUAUGUUGUGCAGGCCUGAGUUAAGACUUUUAUUAGAAAAUAAAAAAAAAUUUCGCCACACAUCUUAAGCGAAAGAUGUGCCGCCUACAUCUUGCAUAAGCAGAAUUUGGGCAGGUGUUUCCCGCCAUUCCUUAAAUUGCCCGGCCAGCGUUGCAUAUAUUACGAACACAUCGGGGCUUGGUCAUACAUCUCUCGGCCAAAGUGUGAAAUGGCUGGCCAAUGCGGUUCGAUUCCACGGUGACAUGUUGAUCAGAUUAUGUUUGUGACAAUUGAAAAAAGAUUUGUUUCGAAUUAAAAAUAAUGGAUAAACCAUGGUUAGUUUGGCGAGCGUGUUGAAGGGUUUUGUUUUGACGUCACGCCUUGCGUGUUUUUGCAAUGCGCUUGAACAUUCGCCUUUUACAUUUUUUCAUAUGAAAUUUUUUUUUUAAAGUUUAAAAAACGUAUUUCAAUGGUUAUGUUUUUGUAUUAUUAUAAUAUUAUGUUACGCAGUGCUCAUACAUGUAAUUUUAAUAAAUAAAGAAAUACAAGAAUUAUGGAAAUGUUAACACUGGUGUGUCAAUCACUGGCUUUGCUUUGAUUUGCUGCAUCGUUGUCCUACUGAUUUAGUCAAGAAACUAAAAAGAUGGAUAAAAGUGAACCACUUGUAUACAUUUUAAAAAUAUUGCUUUCAUUCUUGUAAGGGUCGAUAAAGAGUGGUGCCACCGCCGUCGCUCCCCACCCUAGUAACUGUUAUUGUAGGCGACAGCGACUGGAUGCGGGUAUUGGCUGAGCUCCGAAGACCGCCCAUGUUAUCCGGAGUUGUCUUGUUCAAAUGUGCCGGAGGUGCCCAUCAAGCCAAGAGAAUACUGGGGGCCCAUAAACAGCUUGAAGGCAUUGGUCUGUCUCAAGACCCCAACGGAAGAUUAAGAUCAUCACUUGAAUCCUUUGACUUUAAAAGCUGCAUAACAGUUGACCGUUGAAACAUCGCACAUUCACUUCACCCGAUAAGACUUGCAGCAAACGUCACAGGGAGAUUCGUGCCAGUAUAAGAGUCCCGGGUAUUCAGGGGAAUCAUGCCCAUAUCAACUGUUUCUAUGGGGGCUUGUGGUAGCAGUGUACCAACUGCUUUAAUUCACGGCUGUACCAGGCGGUGAUGUAUCAUCACCAUGGCUGUACCCGUUGGUGGCAUAUCUCCACAAUAAAUAGGUGUACACACUAGUGAUGCAUCACACUGAUAGGCAGGGUUUAAGUUUAUCUUGAUGGCGUUGGGCCUAUGCUGAUUCGAGUCAAUUACACAGGGACAAGUUCGGCAUGUGUGUAAUAUCAGGGGGCGUAACUACCUUCGGAGAGGGAGAAAAUCAUGGGAAACCAACAACUUAAGAGCCCAAUCUAACAAGAACAGUAAAAAUAGGUUGUAGAGUGUAGAGACUUACAAAAUAGAACAAAAAUUGAAAUUUGGUGCGAUAAUCAAAGCUGUUAGGUUAAUUACUUCUGUAACUGCAUUGCAAAACACGGUAGACACACUCCAGUGAACAAUGUGGUGAUUCUAAAACGAAGUAAAAUAAUAUAUGAAAACCAAUAGGUAAAAAAAAAAAAAAAUCAAAACUACAAAUGAAAAGGAUUUUAUUAUAGAUUGUAUUUUCACUUCAAUUUCCACAACUAAAGCAUUAGAAAUGUUUACUUGAUAUGGCCUAAGUCAGUGGUCGGCAAAUCGCGGCUCGCGAGCCCCAUGCGGCUCCUAAACGACCUGAGUGCGGCUCGGAUGGUAGGCUACAAAUUAGUUUUUACUCCGACAAGCAUAGUUCUUGAUAGGUUCUUGAAACGAAAUAUGGCUCUCAAAUAAUUUUCAAUCGUCCUGCUGCUGAUUUUUGGCUCUUGUAGCUGAGUUUUCCGACCACUAGCAUAAGUCCAGUUGAAAAUCAGAUUAACCCUUGACGUGCCAAGAAGUAUUAAGUAAAUUAAAUAUCGUUUAAAAUAAAAGAACUAAAAAAAUUAAAUUAGAUAAAAUGAUUUUUAUUUGUUAAAAAGCGAUUGAUAUAAAAUUAUAUAACGUGCAAGCCUUAUUAAAGACGUUUCUCUGACCACAGUUAGCGCAAUCUGCUCGUGGGCGGAUAGAUCUCGGUGAAAGUAGUGCGAAGAACUCCCGUUUGUUUGUACAUUGUAGAGUCAAAGCUAAUCACGUUAUCAGACGAUAAUACGAAUACUUUGUUAAUGACAGUAAUAAGGUAAGGCAAUGAUGAUAAACGGGUCAAACAUUAGCCAGGCUGGAGAACUAUUAUUAAAAGUGAAACUUAGAAUUCAAGGCUACCAAAUUGUGAUUUUUUCGUCUGGUGCAGUGCUGCUUUAUACAAUUACAAAUUGGGGGGGGGGGGGGGAAUCAUUUUUCCCCCCUUUUUUUUUUUCGGGGGGGGGGGUUCUGUUCUGUUUGUUUGUUGUUGUGUUUUGUGUGUACAGCAAACAAAAACAACAAAUCAAGGUGGUUUAUACAAAAAAUGAUAUUUAUUCAUUUUAUUUUCAUACACUCGACAAAUGUAUUUUUUAGGGCAAUAAUGAAAAAAAAAAUCUUACACGGCUCCUGUACUGUAGGGGUAAUAAGGGGAGAGACUGCAAUCAGGUUAACUUACUGGAACAUCCCUCGAAGCCAUUUGAAGAUUGCAUUUUUUUACCCUUUAUCCUCAACAUUUUACGAUAUUUUUUUUAAAAUAAAGCUUUUGGGAUAAAGGGAUUACGGCGAAUGUUUAUAUGUAGGAAAAAAUCCACUUUUUGGAUGAAUUGUAGUAUCACGUAUUUCUGGAGAUGUACCAUCUGCACUGUGAAAAACUGCAACAAUUUCUCCUAUGGCAGUGGGAGCGUUUGUUCCGCCAAAGGUGCACAUUAUUUACUUUUUUUUCAAAAAUGUCAUGCUGUAUUCAAUUGGCGUUCUAUUUUCCCUAUUUACCUUUAAUAUUUCGACUUGUUCAGAUAACAUGCUGAAAUAACCCACCAAGAACCAUGGAGAUUCUAACUGUUAUGACUUCACAGGAAGUAGGGUUUUUUUAGUUUAAAAAAAAUCGCCCGGUAUUCCGGGUGAGAAAUGCUAGUUAAAGUGUUUUUUUAAAUUACUUUAUUUUCCCCAUAUAUCUCCAUUCAUAGCUUAACAUGACCAUAAUAAAAUAAUUGCUCUAAGUUGGUUAAUUGAAAAAAAAAUUUUUUUUGGUAGCCUGCCCCCUUAACGGUGCUUAUUUAGCCAACUUUGGAUAACAGUCAGCAGCGACUGUAGACUUUAGAUCACUGCUUUACACAAUGUUUAUGUUGGUCAAACACCUUUUUUAAAAUAAAAAUUAAUCCUUUUUUUUUUUUUUUUUGCGACAUUGUGAUUCUUCUUGACCAAUAUUUUAAAAGGGUUCAACAAAAUUUACGUUAAAAAGUGUUGAUGGAAAUGAAAUUUAAUAAUACUGUAGACUUUAGAUCACUGCUUUACACAAUGUUUAUGUUGGUCAAACACCUUUUUUAAAAUAAAAAUUAAUCCUUUUUUUUUUUUUUUUUGCGACAUUGUGAGUCUGCUUGACCAAUUUAUCAAAAGGGUUCAACAAAAUCUACGUUAAAACGUGCUGACGUGAAUGAAAUUUAAUAACGAAAUGAUUGGUGACACAACAUAUCCCUUGAACAAUCUGUUAUUUAGAUGAGAAAUUAUUUCGUUUUAAAAUGAAAAUUAACAAACACUUCAUUGGUCUGUUAUAUUUAUGAAUAUAUAAUAGUGAAUGUGCAAGAUUUUAAAAUGUCUGAUUCUGUCGAAAUGAAUAAAAACGUAAACGUAAUUAAAUUUGGGAUAUGAGGGAAAUUAAAAAAUGUAUUAUAUUCAUGAAUAUAUCCUUUAUUUCCAGCUUAAUGGGGGAGGGAGGGGGUUUCAUGGCCAGCAGUAAAGAUGUAGACAAGCAGAAACACACGACAAUCCAGUCUUAAAGGCCAGCAGUUAGGUUAUGGAUAUAUUUUAACUCAUCCUGGGUGGAUGGGACUCGUUAACCUUGGAUGCCAGCUAAUCUAAGAGAAGGGAACGCUGAAAUCAAACCCGGAGAUGGAGUCCCGAAAGGCGGAUAACAUUGAUACAAUGAAACAUUCCGAUAAUUCCUGCGACGUCACUGGUGCCGAGCUGUAUCCCCCAAUGAUGUUCCCUUGGGUUAUCCAGAGGCGUGGAGAGCGGCGAUUUGCUGUUGGGAACCAGCUUAUAAUCCUUGAAGAGUAAUCCCAGGUCAUGUGGAUUUUGUCCUCCGAAGCCCACUCCAUCGUCACAUUGUGACGGACGGAUGCCAGCAAAAAAGAAAAAUAUUUUAACCCCCAUCCACACCCCACGGCACGCCUCUUGGGGAGGCAAAAAUUUUGACGGCAUAGGGGCCUCCACAUGUGGCACUGAUUAUAACUUGUGUUUAUCUCCGCAGAUAGUGUGUGUCCAGCUGGUUGGAUUUCUGUGAACAGCCCCACAGGCGCCCAGUGUUACAAGAUCUUUGCCACUACGAAGAACAAUUUUAACGGAGCCCAGCGUUUCUGUGUCCAACAGCAUGGCUACCUAGCCAGGGACACAUCGUAAGUACAGUGUUUCUGUGUCCAACAUCAUAGCUACUUAGCCAGGGACACAUCGUAAGUACAGCGUUUCUGUGUCCAACAGCAUAGCUACUUAGCCAGGGACACGACGUAAGUACAGCGUUUCUGUGUCCAAAAGCAUAGCUACUUAGCCAGGGACACAUAGUAUAUAUAAGUUCAGCGUUUCUGUGUCCAACAGCAUAGCUACUUAGCCAGGGACACGACGUAAGUAAAGCGUUUGAUUCAUCAGAUUCAAACCUUUGUUUUUAUGAACUCAGAUGUUACGAACCACCGUUAGAUGGUUGAUUUAACCUGUUUUAAUAUUUGGCUCGUUUGUUGAACAAUAGGUGGAAAGGGAUUUAAAACCAACAUACAUAGAAAAAACGAUACUAAAGCUAGUGAUAUUAACAAUAUGUAAUGCAAUGAUACUAUAAGAUUUUUUUUUUUAAAUACUAAAUCAAAAUGUAUGAAAUUUUAAAAAAAUGUAUUAAACAACAACAAAAGUGUAACUAUUGAACGAUACAAAAAUAGUAUUACACAAACAAACACAUAAAUAAAUAAAUCGUAUACGUAUAUUGCGUCUCAUAAAUGUCUAGGAAAUACGUGUAUAGCGAAAAUCUCUCCUGCAGCUUGGAAAGCUGCCGGUUUAUUUAUAGGGAGGAAGUUGGAACCCCACAGAAAAGAAAUUCUAGAAAUUGCAUCCCCCGAUAGCAUUCUUUAGAGCGAUUAGAGCGUAAACGACAUUUUCUCAAUCAAGGGUAGGGUGAGGAUGAUACAGCGCAACACGCUGAAUCGCUGACGUAAAUAUCAAACCGAAAAAAAUAGCAUUGGGGUAGACAAGUGAUGGUUGCCACAAUGCUACACUGAAAUUAAGUUAUGUCAACACACUUGCCAUAACAACACAAACGUAUCAAAACCGUACACUCGCAUGGUGUAUACCAGUUAAACCAUACAUUUCCUCCGUAACAACAAGUUUACAGACAGACGACAUGAUCGGUUCUAGCCAACCACACACUUUCUUUGCCAAACACCAAUAUGCAUUAUCCCUACACAUGAUACAUAAUCGCAGAAAACUUAUAGAUAUCUUAAAAUUAAAAAAAAAAAAAAUUAAAAAUUUGAUUAGUACUGAUCAUGCCAACCUACCCACCACAAAAAAUCUUUAAUUAACUUUUCAAUGUAUGCGUUACUGUAAACAUCUAUUCAAUUCAGUUAUUAUUCUAAUUCAAUAUUUCCAGAGCCGCUGUACAUAAUGCGUUGAAGCCUUACAUCGUCAACACUAAACUGAUACCUGGUGCUGCCACCACAUUUUGGAUAGGCCUAACCGGUGAGUGUCUAAUGUUAUCCUCACAUCAACAAACGUACAUUAAAACAAUUUCCACAAAAUGUUAAUCACGAAAAUGCAAUAUCUAUAUGAUUUUUUUUCUAUUUAUUAAUUUUAAAACAUCUUUUAUUAAAGCAGCAGGGAGUAAACUAUAUAUAUGUAUAUAUUUAUAUAAAUAAAUAAAAUAAAUAAAUAAAUAAAUAUAUAUAAUAUAUGGUCCAGAAAAUUCGAUAAUCUAAUUUAUGAAGAAAAAAUAGCUUUUGUUAACCUGAGUCGGCAAGGUGCUUGUAGAUUUUUGCAGGAGAAUCCAGACGUAGCCAGUAACAUUCCAUACUUUAAUGAUAGAUCAUGAAUCAUCUGAAUGUUUGUCAAACCAUAGAUCAUUUCAACAAUAUCUCAUUUCAUCAAUUUAUCAUUUCAACAAUAUAUCAUUUCAACAAUAUAUCAUUUCAACAAUAUAUCAUUUUAACAAUGUUUUAUAUCAAUUCAUAUAAAUUCCCUACUGUUUUUUUGCGUUUCUGACCUCAUUAGAUAAUAAUGGUACCGGCGGUCCAUGGAGAUGGGUUGGUGGACCAGUUCUGGGUGCAUACCAGCAUUUCUUUAACAACAACAGGACCAACACCCCCAACAAAACAGACUGUGGUUACAUAGUCUCGGGUAGGUAGACGAAAGAGAGGGAGUGGAUGGCCGCCCCAUUGCGCCCGCCAACAUGGGUCGGAAGUGCGUAGAUUAGUCAAUUAUAUAUAUAUAUAUAUAUAUAUAUAUAUAUAUAUAUAUAUAUGAUAUAGUCGUUUAUCAACUAGCGUAAGAAGACUAAGUAGAACUUUUCUUUAAUGUUUGUAGGCGGAAUUUUCGGUCCAAAGCUACCAACAUAAGGUAUUGAAUAAGUUUCCGAAAAAAAUUAUAUGCCAAAGGUCUACGCCAGCCUUUCCCAAAUCGUGUUCCGCCGAUCGGCCAAAAAAAUAUAUAUAUAUUUAUGGAAAAUGUUGACAUAAAUUAAAUAUGGAGGGGGGGGGGUCAUUGAAAGUUUGACAGUUUUUGGCAAGAGGUGGGGUAGGGGGGGGUCAAAACUUGGUUUAAAAUUGUUGACGUAAUUAAUGGAUGACCCCCUAAACGCUGGUCUGUGUCACACCAUGUCCAUGACGUAAUUCUGCGCCAGCGUGGCAUGAUGUGAUUAUUAGCAGGGCGAUUUUGCCCCAAAUUUGAAAAUAACGUUGCAGUAGCGUGGCUCCCAAAAAUAUGGAUUAUUCAUAACACAGGACCUCCCCCCCUCCCCCCGUUAAAUAACUCAAGUGUCACGGACCGGCACUGUACAUGCAAUCUCAACGGGAGCUGUGUAGGCUACACACAACUCAUCAUCUUAUUGGGGCAUUUGCACCAAACAUCGUUUGUCCGAGUGCUGUGUUAAAAAAAAAUACAACUUUUUGUUGCUUUUACACUUUAUGUGUUACUUUAGCCCCCAUUUCGGCGCCCGAAGUGGGAAAAAAAGUGUUAAGAAUGGGAAGCUUAUUAGGGCAGAAAUAACCCGUGAACUUCGGAUACCGGAAAUGUGAUCGAAAGAAAUUUCGUCCGCGACGGAAAUUUGAUCGAACAGAAAUUUGGUGGAAUCUUCUGUUCAGUUCACACGUUAAAAUUUUCGUCAAAUUUCUUUUUGACGCACUAUACUUAUAAAGUGAAAAAAAAUAAUGCAUUAAAAAGGAAAUUUGAAGCAAAAUUUUAACGUAAAAACUGAAGAAAAAAAAAAGUUUCGACCAAAUUUCCGUUCGAUCACAUUACCGUCGAUCAAUUUACCGCCGACGCAAUUUCUUUCGAUCAAAUUUCCGGAUCAGGUUAACUUCCCAUCUGCCCAUCUGCUCAAGUUACACGGCGAAACCAAUAAAAUGACAUGCAUUCAAGAAACACACCUCAUAAUGAUCCCAGUGAGUGCUCGACUUCUGGGAAUUAUGUUCAUUCCGCACCCAAAUGAACGCUGCGUUACAGCCAUGCAUACAUAUCUAGAAAAUUAUUAAUUGUUAUACGUUCUUUGACCAAAAAAAGGGUGGGGGGGUGGGAACGCCUUUUUCAGAUUUUUUGCAUGAUUUAUGGAAUCAUCAUCUAAAUUUAAGAAAGCUUCUUGAAUGAUUGUUUUCAUGAGUUUUUUUUAAAUUUUUUUUUUUUUAGUUACAGUUAAAACUGAAUGGGAUAGCCCUAUAAACUGUUGGCUAAUACGUUCCAUUGUUCAUCUUCAGCGGAACAGCAGGUGUACUGGCAUAUAACAACGAAUUGUGGCCAGUUGAUGGGUGUCAUUUGCCAAACGGACCAGACUACCGUCACUCAAGUUGUGACCACACCUGGUAAUGUAAAUUGAAGGUUUUGUCUAAUAAAAAAAAAUUAAAAUUCUUUGCUUAAAUUAUAUUUAUGGCAUAGAUUUUGUAUUUUUCAUGGGAAACUUGAUGCCAGAGGCGGGGCAAGUACCACUACCCCCCCCCCUCUAUUUUGUAAUUGUAAUGUAAGUAAAAUAAUGAACCAAAUGUUUAAUUGUCAAAAUUAUUGCUUACACUUACACCUAACAGCCUGAAGAUCGUUUUAUUUGUAAAGAGUUUCUGCAGUUAUUUAAUUUUUUUAAAAGGAAAAUAAAUGUAUCACUUUUUACUUGUUAAAAGGCAAGUCAUAACAUUGCAUUUUUGAGAAUAAAGCAUCACUGUCUUCAAAGUUGUGCUUUAAAUAGUGACAUGGAUGUAAUUUUAAAGCUGCGGCCAUUCGGACCCGUGAUUCAGACCCAGAAAAUAGUGAGAGGUUGGGUUUAUUAAAAAAAUAUUUAAAAUAUCAUUGUUGGGUUUGUAAGAUCAAAUGUGGUAUCAUAUGGACAGGAACGAUAAUUGAGUAGACUAUAUAUGUUUGUUAACUUACGUCCUCAGUUUAACAAAAAUAAACUACAACAAAUAAAACACAAAAAAACAACAACAUCCGAAUAGCCGUUUAGUCUAAAGGGACUCAGAUCCGAAUAGCCACUUCGUAAUUUUUAAGUCAUUGCGGCUUUUGUACAACAGUGUUUUGCUUGUUUAGAAGAAUUAUUUAGAUUUGACUUGACUAAAAUCCUAUUUCCUUAAAGUUAAUACUCUCGAAAGUAAAAUCUUUUGAAGGUUAUAUAUUUAAAACGGAUGAUCAAUUUUCACUGCAAAUGUUUAGUUUGUGCACUAGGGGACACUAGAAUUUUAUGCAAAAAGUUUUAGAACUUUUUGUCAUCAGACAUGCCAUUAUUAUUUGGGCAAUUUUAUAGUGAUUAGUAAGAAAAGUUAUUUAGUAUAAUUUUUUUUAAAUUAAAAAUUAUCUAUUGAUGAGUGACUUUUUCAUUUCAAAUUUAUAUUUAUAGAAUAAUCUGUUUGUGUUUUAGUCUCUGCAAGUAAAAUGUUAUUUAUUAAUGUUAUUUCUUAAAUGAAAAACUCUGAAAAGCUUAGUUUGUACUAUGUAGCUCUUUUUUUUUUGCUUUGUCUACUAGUACUAGUGGGUCUACUAAAGUAGGCCUAAAUGCAAUGGGGUACAACAUAUAAUUAUAAAGAAAAACAAAUUCAGAUAUACACCUAGUCUAGUCUUUUGCCUAUAUAAUUUAUUAAAGUCGAUAGCUCUAACUUAUAUUUAUAUAAUGAAAUAACAUUUUGAGUAAACAACAUGUGUAGUAGGCCUAUAUUUAAGUGGUGAUAUUGAAAGGGUUAAAAGUCAAUAAGUCUAAAGAUGAACAUGUAGCCUACUUUUGAUUAUGUUGUCUAUUAAUAUAUCAUUCAAUAUUAAAAUAUAAGAGCUUGAAAAACAAAGCUGUAUAGACUACAUUUCCAUUGGCUUCAGUUUUAAAAUUCCCAGAUCAACAUUCAUAUUUCCUUGUAUAAAUACUUAACAAUUUCAACUUAAAUUGUUUUGUUUGAUGCUUUUUUUCUCUUUGAAGUCUGGUGAUCCACAUUAAAUGUGGGAUUCUUCUUUUUGUUAAAAAGACUUUAAAAAAAAAAAAAAGAAAUUCCACUAUAUUUUAAUUUUGCUACUCCGCAGCUCCUAUUAUCUGUCCUACGGGCUGGACACCAUUUCCCCUAAAAAAGACUUGCAUUCGGCUUUAUACGUCCCCGAAAACUUGGUUUGGCGCAAGGCAAGACUGUCAGGCUGGAAAUGGGGAUUUGGUCAAAAUUGCAGAUAAUGCAUUUAAUGGAUUUAUUAGCAGUGAGUCAAAAGGUUGUGUUGUCAAAUGUUUGGUACAGUUUACCAUAACAAUACAAAGGGUGUUAAACUUGAGAUAUGGUAGGUUCUCAAUUUUUCAACCUUUGGCCUUUGGUUUUACAGUAACUUCAUAGAGUUUAUAGUAAUCCUACCGUCAGGGCUGGUCUGGCUCGCCGGGACAAUGGAGAAAAUCCCAGUGGUCCAGCCGCUUACCUUAAUCAUAUUUGGGCCACUUCCCUUGAUCAUAUUUGGGCCAAUUCUCCAGAUCAUAUUUGGGCCACUUCUCUUGGUAAUAUUUGGGCCGCCUCUGCAUUACAAUAAUUGGGUAUAAAAUAUCGACUUACAGUUUAUUCUUAAUAAUAAUAAGUUUUGUCAAGCUUAAGACUAACGAGCAACUAAUAUUGAUUGCAAAUAGUACAACUUCUGUUAUAAAAAGUAUGAUGGAAUAAUUUAGAAAGAAAAUCUGUGAACGUAAAAGUAAAAUUGAUAUUGAAUAUUGUGUUGGUAAUGCUACAGAAGUGUCAGGAAAUAUGCAAAUGGGUUUACAAAAUGAUUACAUUUAUUAAUCAAAAUAAAUGGAAAUGUUUUUUGUUUACAUUGUACAUAUUCAUUUUCAGCACAUAAAUAAAUACACGUUUUAAUUACGACAGCAUUUUACAAUGAUAACCAUUUAAACCAAAGACAUCUAAGUAUUUCAUUAGCAAUAAGUCAGACAUCAAUGAACUCUCUUAGAGAUAAUAACUUAAUUAGUAAACAUUUAGAUUUGGUAACCGCUGAUAUGUAGGCUUAUGGUGAUCUGUGACCUUGCCUGAAAACACACACCCCAUCCCACCCCAGCAAAAUGAAUGUCAGACAGAGCUGCUUUAAUAAUUACACCAGGCUGCUUCAGUCCACCAACGCCUAUUGCUAUGGAUUAUUUUAGGCCUGUUUAUAAUUAAUAAAAAAAUAUACACAGAGUAGGGGGAAAUAACUGAAGAAAGACAAUAUGAAAAAUAGAACGUUUGACGUUCCAAAUAUCCAUCGGUAAAGCCAUGGCCCAUCCUUACCUUCUGUAAUCUUUCAAUAAUAUCUUCCUCAUGUACCCAGCCUAAUUAACCUACACCUACACCUUACCUACACAGCCAUCAUCUUUUUAUAAUCAUAGACUUCCCUCUUACUCUUAUGUUAUUUUAUUUAUCUAUUAUAUAUUAUUUAUUAUAGAUUAUUAUUUAUUUAUUAAUUCUUCAUCUUCUAUGUCUAUGUUGCCUGUCAAUCACAUAUGCUAAUUCUUUGAUUUCAUGGGACGCUUCCACAAUUCAAUGUCAAUAUUCCUCCCAUUUCAUGUCAAUCUAUCAACUAAUUUUGUCUUUCUGUUUUUUUUUCUUUCUUGGCUGUUUUUUUGUCUUUUAAAGGCUUCCUAUCCAAUACGUCCACUUUUUCAUAUUGUCAACUGUCUCUCUUCAGGUUUGUCUGCUACGCCAUUUAAUUUCAUAUUUUUCCCAUAUUACACUUACGUGAGGAUAUUAGUGAUGCAUGAUUGAAAGUAUGAAAUUAAACUGGACUUUUACUUACAACAAAAUCAGUAUAAAAACUGUGUCCUUUUUUUUGUCAGGUCAAGUCAGCAAGCAAGUGGGAUCUUACUGGAUAGGAUUAAAUGACCAAACACAGGAGAACAAGUUUUCAUGGCUUGAUGAGACUGCACCUGUAAAUUUUUAGAAGCAUUUCAAACAUAUUCCCCCCCCCCCCCCCAAGUGGCGUAGCUAGGGGAGGGGGGUCCAAAUUCGAAAGUCCCCCUGGGCCCCUACUUGGGCCCAAAGGAUCAUCAGAAUUUUUUUUUACAUUAAAUAAUGUCGAAUUUCAAAAUGCAAGGGCCCCCAAAGAGGCCAAGCCACCCCCCCAGGGCCCACAAAUCCCUAGCUAUCCCUGGCUACGCCACUCCCCCCCUCUUAUUUACUUAGUUUAUAUGGGUCUACAUAUAGUGAUUAAUUAUUGUAAAAAAAAAAAAUGGUUUCUAGAUUAACUGUUUUUUUGUUUUCAUAAGAUUUUAAUAUUUAUUAAAAUGAAAUAGAACAACGAAACACAAAUUUAUAUUGUUUUCUGCAUUUUUGAUGUAAACUUAUUUAUUUUAAAGAAAAACCUAAAAUUGUUACUUAAAUGAUAACAAAAAGUUUUUAAUGGUUUCUUAGAGUUCAUCCUUUCUGUAAGAUACAUUUUUUAAAUCAAAGAUUGAUUUACAGCACAUGAAACUAUUUUUAGACAUACAUUUUCUUUUUAAAACUUAUCUAGUAUUAAGAUAACUCCUUCAUUUUCUUUCAAAAGAUUGCAUAAUUGCCACAUUUUCAUCAAUAAAAAACGAAUUAACUUCUUAACAUUUUGACUGAAAUUAGUUUCUACUAAUUCAGCUUUGCCUAGAUUUCAUUCUUAAUAAUGCACUCAUUAUAAUAUCCAUAGGCAACAUUUACCUAUUGGAAAACAAAUGAGCCAAACAAUGCCAACAAAAAUGAGAACUGUGCUUACCUUGAUGGUUUAAGUGGCAACAGAUGGAAUGAUGCACCUUGUAAUAUUUCAUUAAGAUACAUUUGUCAGAGGAAUCCGAGUAAGUGAAAUUACUUCAAGUAGUAAUUCAUCUGCUUUGCCAUUUUCCACUGGAAUGUGAUGUAUAAUAGUUCAACUUUUUAGCAGUGGAGCAUUUUUUUGUAAAGGAUUGAUUGAAUGCCUGCCUAUCUGUUGUUUUUAGAGUAACUGAUUGUUAUUUUUUUUUUUUAAAUGUAAAGUUUGAAAACAGGCCUACCAUUAAAAGUAAUGGUAUUUGCAGCAAAGUGGUCAGAAAUCUAGAGAGUAGAUUUAUUGAAACUUUCCUACUGAGAUAAUGUAAAACUAAGUCCUUGCUUGCUGUAUCAAAUCUUGGGAAAAUAAGGAUUCAUUGAAGAGAAUAUUUUUUAAAAUUUUAAAAAGAAAAAAAAAAAAAAAAAUUUAUUUUAAUUUAAUUGAAAAUAAAAGCAAUAUAUAAAGAACCCAAAAAUUUAAUUUAAUUGGAAAUAAUAGCAAUCUUUUAAGGACCCACAAAGUAUUCAUGAUAUAAUAUGUCAUUGCCUGUUCCUGGUGACAGUUUUAUCCAGUGUUGUCCUAGGAUGAAAACUAAAAAAAAAAUACAAUUUAUUCCCAUUUAUUUCUAUGAUCCAUUGCUUAUUUGUUAAAAAUCAUAUGAAAAUAAAGUAGACUCAUCCAUGUAAAUGUAGACAUAUGGCCCUUUUUACCCAAAAACAAUUUUUAAACCAAAAAAGGGAAAGAAAAAAAUCAAAUUACAUUGCUUUACAGCCCCUCUCAAUUAUGGAAGUUUAAGACAUGAGAAAAAAAAUUCACCUUCUUUAAAAAAAUUUUUUAAAAAAUUAAAUUCCCUUUGUUCUUGAUGUUUAGCUUCAGGAGUUCCAACACCAAGACCUCCAACAAGUGAGUAUCAUUUUUACAUUUACUAUUUUAUUUGCAAUCUAUACUGUGUUAUCUUUUAGAUGAGCAUGUCUCGGAUAUCAAUUUAUUAAGCUGUUUUUUUAAAUUGCUUUUGCAAUAAAAUGAAAUAGCUAAAAUACAUAUUCACACACAGUCAUAAUUUGCAAAACCAAAUUUAUCAUUUAUUUAGCCUACAAAGCCAUCAAAUAAAAGAAAAUAUUUUUUAAAACAUGUUAUGCCUUCAACUCCAGCUCCCCGCCCAAACAUAAAUUGUCCAGGGCGAUGGUGGGAAGAUGACCCCAAUUCAGACAACUGCUACUUUAUUCAACUUGACAUGCAGACUUGGCUGGAUGCCCGCACUUCUUGUCAGAAUGAAGGGGGGGACCUUGCCUCCAUCACAUCUGUGCAAGAGCAAUUUUAUCUCUCAGGUUGCCAUUAAACAUUUUUUUAAAUUUGUUACAUAUAUAAUACUUAAAACAUUUACUUGAUUUGUGAUUUUACCUACUCAAUUUUUUUCUUUGGUAUCAUUUUAUACCAAAGUGGAAAAAAAGGGAAGAUUUUUGUUAGAGAUUAAAUACAAAAUCUCAAUAAUAAAUAUUCAAAGGUAUUCAUAAUUAUUAGUUCAUUAGAGACAGUUUUAAUAAAGAUACAAAAUGUUUAAGCAGAUAUCAAAGAAAGUGAAAUCGGACAAGUAAUGCAUUUGUAAAACACUUUCUUGACCUUUUUGAAAGCUUUUCAAAUCGAGCAAAUAAAUAUAAUUUUAUAAUAGCUUAUAACCUUUAACUGAGCCAGUCAUAUUUUCAUUGUUAAAUUAUCAAUGAAGACUAAUUUUCAAUGCAUUUUCAAUCAGCUCGUUUGAUGUCUUUUACUGCGAACUUCUUCUGGAUUGGUGCCAAUGAUAGGGCAACAGAAAAUGGAUUCCAAUGGUCUGAUAGCUCUCCCUUUAGUUUUUUGAACUGGAAUACAGGUAUAAAAAUCAACUCUUAAAAUAAAAGAUUUUCAAAUAAGAAUUCAAAUUUAGUUUAAUUUAAUUGGAAAUAAUAGCAAUCUUUUAAGGACCCACAAAGUAUUCAUGAUAUAAUAUGUCAUUGCCUGUUCCUGGUGACAGUUUUAUCCAGUGUUGUCCUAGGAUGAAAACUAAAAAAAAAAAUACAAUUUAUUCCCAUUUAUUUCUAUGAUCCAUUGCUUAUUUGUUAAACUUGCAUGAAUAAAUUUCCUGUAGGGCAACCAAACAAUGCCCAGGACUCAGACUGUGUUGCCUUGAUGAAACAGACAGGUCGAUGGGAUGAUUUACCUUGUACAGCUCGGUAUGGGUAUAUUUGUAAGAAGAAAGGUAAGUCUUUAAAACAAGGUAAUCUGUAAUUGUUACUUUCCUUACAGUUAAAGUAAUAUUGAAAUAAUGUCUGAGCAGAAUCCUAAUUUAAUCAGUGUUUGAUAUAAAUAAUUAGUGGCUGCUUUUUUAUAUGUUGUAAACCCUUGUAUAAGUUAGGGCAGACAUAGUUGGGCAGAAUGAAUUGUUUCAUAUUUUCCUUUGAAUAAUUUUGAUAAUUUAAAAUAUUUGUUUAAUCAUUAUUGUGUGGUUGGAGUUCAUUGAAUAAAUUCAAUGAUUUUAAUUCAGGAAACUGAGUGAGACUCAGCAAAAAUAACCAAUAAUUAUAAAUGGAAUAACUCCAACAUCCAGUGGCAUAGCUAGGGGUGAAAGGGGUGUGGACCGCACUGGGUGACACCAUCCCAUGGGGUGACAGACACAAAAUUGAAAAAAUUGCAUAUUUUCAGAGCACACACUGCUCGGUCUAACCAAAUUUCACAAAAGUAUAACAGAUCCCCAGUCAAGUUAAAUAAAAAAAAACAUUAAUUGACUUUUUCCCUCCACAUUUUAGGUAGAGUCACAUCUCCAACCCCUCCACAGCCAACCUCUCCUUCAAGAAUUGCGUGUAAGUACAUCUUUACUGUAUUUAAUCACUAAAAAAAAAGUAAAUUUUUAAAUAAAUGCUGAUUUAUUUUACUACUAAAAAAAUAUGCUGAUAAAAAUUGUAUUAAACACUAAAUUUUCCUAUUAACUCUUUCAAAAUUUCUAUUACUAAAAACUUAAAUUUGGUACUAGAGGUUAACAGACUUAAAAACCAACAGAAAUCAUGAUUUUUCAAAACUUCUUAAUAAUUAUAGAUAAGAUAAAAUACAUCUCUGUAAAGCUAAUAUCUUGUUUUUUUUUUUCUUGUUGUAAAUCCAAAGCUGACAAGAUGUGGGGCUGUCCAUCUGGGUGGAUUGGCAAUCGUGGCUUUUGUUAUCAGUUCACACCCUCAACUGGCAUUUCCCAUGAUGAUGCAGUGACACUCUGUGCCAGCAAGCAGGCCACAAUGGCAUCCAUCAGAGAUGAUACAGAAAACAAAUACAUCUUUAGCCAGUUGCCAAAAAGUGAGCCCAUUCAAACGUUUAUCUGGUUGCUAUUGUUAUUUCAUAAGUUAAAAUUUAUUGAAUUGUUGAAAGAGAUAUUUUCUUAAUCUUAUGAUUUUUCCUAAUACGAAAAAACAAAACUCCAAAAACAUAAAAAAUGUUUAAUGCCUUCAGAAGUGACAUUGCUAAUUUCAAACUAUUAUAAAGGAGAUGAUAAUGGUAAGAAAUAGUUUAAACUUUGUAAUUAUAAUAAUGUUUUGAGUUAAUUGAUUUCAAAUAAAAUUACUUAGUUUGGACUAUCAACGGAAGGUUCACACGAUUUUUACGUAAAUUAUUGUUUUUUAAGUAUUUCUGAAAUGCGCUAAAUGUUAUUUUAACACCACAUAAAAGAUUAUCCAUUCACGGCUCUUUGGAUUGGACUUGAUGAUGUUCUGAUGGAAAACAGCUUUAUGUGGUCAGACCGCAGCCCUGUAACCUACACUAACUGGAAUCCUGGUGAACCAAACAACUCAAAUAAUGAAGAUUGUGUUGAAAUGCUAUCCUAUGCUGUGAGUAGGAGAAACUAUUUUUAAUGAUUAGUAUAAUGAAUACUAUGUAUAACUUAUCAAGAAAAGAUAGAGGCUAAUAAAAUGACCUUCAUCAGUUCUACAUGAACAAAAAGCUACUCAAAUUUGACAAAAGCCUUGUAAUAUGUUAAAAUAUGGUAUAUUAUAUAAGAUAUUCUAUGUUCAAAAACUAUUUAUGAUUAAAUGUGUUAUAUGUUUAAAUAUAGUCAAUGUUUUAAAAUAGUCUGUUUAAAGAUGCUAUUAUGUUUAAAGACAUUCUAUUUUCAAAGACGGUCUAUGUUAAAAGAAAAGGAGUAUUCCUGAAUUAUUUAUUGAAAUGUUUCAAUAAUUUUUUUAAAAAUUAUCCUAAAAGUAUAUAGAUAACAUCAGUUUUGAAAAAUAAAUAUUUUUACAUAUUAAAAAAAAUUAAUUUUUAACUGGAAUUUUAAAACAAUUUAUCAGCCAACUUGGCAUACAUGAAAACUGCCUAUAAUUGAAAUCCUUUAUCAAAAAGCAAAAUUUUAUACUUUGUUUACAUUGCAUGAAAAUCUUUCCCUAUUUUGAGAUAAUAUAUGGAUUCGUUUUAUAUUCCAAGAAAGAGAUAAAGAUAAUGUUAGUUAGAGGUGAUGUAAUGAGUCUAUGACCUCUCAAAGUCAUCAUUGCUGCAAGCCAAUGUACAUUAUCAUUCUAAUGCCUCUUAAAACCUAUUAGAAAAAUCAAAUCAGCUAGUUCUUGGGUUAAGGAACCAAGUAGUCUGUCAGGCUCAAUGGACACUGCCUGGCUUGUUGACUACUCGAAAGUUGUAAUCUCUUUAUAAUCAGGCAAAAAGACAUACAGAGUUUUUAACUUGACGUGGUGUUUUAAAAACAUGAACACUAGGUACCAAAUAGUUAACUUGUAUUUAUCAUUGUGACCCUGCAUGAUAUAGACAGAAAAAAAUAUUUAAAAUUGAAAAAAAAAAUCUGAGCUCACAAACGUUUUUAAAAAAAAAAUGUUAUCUUUUUAAUGUAAUUCAGAAUGGUAAAUGGAAUGAUGUCCCCUGUGGUUUGAAAUUAAACAUGACCUUGUGCAAAAUGAGUAUGAGUCUGCAGCCAAAAGGAACACCAGCCAUUCAGGCGGGUUGUCCAGCUGUGAGUACUGCAAUCCUAAAUUGAUCAGCUGAUUAUUUUAGAGUCACAUAUUUUGUCAUAAUUUCAAUAAAGCUAGCAUUUUCAAUGAGAGGUGACAACAAUCAUGUUUUUUUUUGGGAGGAUUUGUUUGUUUUUAUUGCGCUUUGUAAUAAAUUGCAUAUAUGUUAAAACCUAAAAACAACACUCCACAUUCAUUUGCUCCUAAUUGUUUAGGUUUGAGAAGACCGUGAUUCAGGUUUCAUAGAAUGUUGAAUUGUAAACAUUUGUAAUGCAGCACCUUUCUGAAAUUAUAAUUUAUUCUCUACUAUGUGCUACAAAAAAUUACCUUAUAACUUGUGUAUUUUUAUUAGAGGUAUUUUGGAAUCUAGACUGUUAAAAUACUUCUUAAACAAAUGUAAACAUUUUUAAAAAUUUCAAUAGAAUUCCCUUGGGUAUGGUGCUCUUUGCUACAGUAUUACUGAUCAGCCUAUGACUUUCAACAAUGCUAAAAAUGCCUGCAGAGGAAAGAAUGGAUUCCUUGCUACAGUCAGCAAUGUGUAAGAACUUUUAUUUGAGGAAUUAAGAACAAUUAGGUUCAGUGGUGUAGCUAGGUUUAGUGCAACCUGAGGCAUCCUGAGGAUUUUGCCACCCCCAUUUCCAUGAAAAGAGCUCUGCAGAGGGCCAAAAAUGCUGUCCCUUCAUAUAAAAAAAAGUUCUCCCCUGGGCAGACCGCCUCCCUCUGCAACCUCUUCCUAUGUCACUGAUUAGAUUUCAAGUUCAUUUUGUACUACUGUUUCUCCUUUUUGUAAAUACUUUUAUUAUUAUUAUUAUAGUGCUAAAAGGCAUGUACUUUAAAAAUCUAUGGCCAUGAUGAAGCCAAUGAGCAAAGUAAAUGUGAAAUUUUACAUUAACCUUUAAUUAAAGAUAUUGUUUUGAGGGUUUGUUAACCAGGGGUGAUUGCUUAAUCUGGUUGCAUCCCCUGAGGAUGCAGGAAGCAAUGCCAAAGGUCUGACAAGAUCAAUAACUUUUGGAAGCAAAAUCACCACACAAAGAUCAAUAACGUUUGGAAGCAAAAUCACCACACAAAGAUCUAUAACUUUUGGAAGCAAAAUAACCACACACAAAAACUAAAAGUAAAAGGGAGAAAAUCUGAAAUAUUUUUUAAAAAAUAAAUAAAUAAUAAAAUGAAAGCUUAUUAAUUAUAUAUUUCAUUUUCCCAAGUUUAUCCGUAUGGGCCAAAUCUGCUUAAAUUUAAAUAAUUUUCCUUUAUGGCAUGAAAGUGCAGAAAAUUUAUUUAUUAAAAAAGAUUUAUUUUAAAACUCCUUUGUCAUCUACAGUUUGGAUAUAAGUUUUUAAAAUGAAAUAUAUUGCAAUGAGAGGCUUAACCUAUAUGUGUAUGCAAUUAAACACCUGACAACAAUUUUUAAAUAAUUGGUGGGGUGGGGUUGGGGGUUAACAAGAGCUGACCAUUUCUUGGUUUUGACUGAGAAACUUUUAACUGAUUAAUGAAAUAUAGAUAUAGAUUCAUUUUAACUAUCAAACUAAUAUGUCUCAGGCAAAUUCAGUCCUUUUUAUCGGCCGAACUGUUUGGUAAAACUGCUUCAGCUUAUUGGAUUGGGCUCUCUUCUACUGCAAGAACUUACAGUUGGGCUAAUGGAUGGCCAGUGUCGUUUACAUCAUGGGGAAAUACUUAUAGAGGUACUUUGUGACCAGAUAUCUGGAGUAGUUAAACAUGUUUUGAUUACAAUACAAUGUUUUAAUGCUUAUGAUUUCAAAUUUGAAAAUUAUCUGGAAUUUCAUUGUUUCAGAUGUUGAUGUGAUAAUUGAAUUGAAUUUAUUCACUACAAAUGUUUAGUGUGUAAAUACAGUUUAUACACCAACAUUUUCCCCAUAUAAUGUUUUGUGUGAAAAUUCUCAAAGUUUAUUGUCAAAGGAAUCUUAUUGUAAAAUUUGUAAAAAGAUUAAAAGUGAAUCCCUUAGCUUCCUAAGAUGGCUAAUAAGCCCAGAAAAAAAAUCAGAUUAAUUCUCGAACUUUGAAGAGGGACUACCCCAGUUUUAUAGGUUUUUAAAAGCAUCUCAUUUAACGCAGUUAUUGGGAAUUUUAUUUAUUGAAAUAAGUGUCAUAAUAUUUCCUUCUUCUUGCCUUGAAAAACAGAAAAAAAUUAUUUUUGGAGGUUGUGGGGUUGGGUUGAAAAUUCGAUAGGUUGAUACGAUAGUGGGUCAUUUCACCAUCCUAAGAUUUUACCAGCCAAGAACAAAAGUGACGUUAAUAUAAAGGAUUUAAAAAACCAUACCUGACAGUUUAUACAUUCCUUAUGGAACCUAAUUAGGUCCAUCUCUAACUUUAUUGAUUCCCAGCACCUUAUGAUUCAGAGCUUGGACAAUCAUCUCCUUUUAUUUUAAAUCUCAACUCUUUAAAUUUUCAGGCAACUUGAACAACACAUGUGUAGCUAUGCAGACAGCUAAACCUACUGGCUUAUGGGUGGAUACAUAUCAGUGCACACAGGCCCUGCCCUACAUCUGUCAGUCUCCACGUGUUGGCUUCACCACUCCAAGGCCGACUGUAACCACGACCAGAUCUGCACCUUGUCCGGCAGGGUGGGCUGCUUAUGGAAAUCUUUGCUAUAUGGUCAGUUGUCUGGGCUCUAGGAUAGAAACUUGUUCUUUCAUCAUUAAUUCUUAAUUCAAUUUAUUUAGAAACACAUUUAAUGAUAAGCUAAUUAAUUUUAUUAAUGUGAUUGAUUUAAGGCAUAUUUGCCGAGUUCAAACCUGUCAACUUCAUGGAUGAGUGCUAAAGCGUAUUGUGCCAGCCGGGCUGUAGGAGCAACCCUUGCAAGUGUGCCCAAUGCUAAUUUAGAGAACUUUCUGAAGAACACUGUCAUAAAGUAAGGAAUUAUUCUCUAACAGGGAUUCUUAUAUUUAAACUUCCAUUGGUGAACAGAGUAGAUUUCAUGCUUCUGAAAUUAUAUGUAUUUUCUGUGUACUUUUUUAAAUGAAAAUUUUUUAAAUCAUGACAUUACAUAGGUGAUAAAGUGAAACAAAUAGAUGUGAGAAAAUUAUUGUCCUAACUAUUUGUUGAAGUUUUAUUGAAAGAGCUAAAAAGCAUUUAGAUUACUUUGAAAAAUUAUCAUUACCAUUUGGAGAAAAAAAAAAAACUAAACAAAAAUUAAAGAUUUAUUAUUAUAUGCUGAGUAGUUCAUUUUAAAUGCUUUAAUAUUAAUACACAAUUUAAUCCAUGUUUGUUGAUGUUCAGGAAUGUUCCUGGUGUCUACUGGAUAGGUUUGAAUGACAGGGACGUAGAGUCAGGUGAAUAUUUUUCCUGUAAAGAAGUCAGUUCAUAUGUUGUAUAAGUCAGGCAUUUUUGUUCUUUAUGUAAAUUAGGAUUCCUUUAUAAAUAUUAAAACUGGCCUUUCUGCAUUCAUUUUAUUUUGUAGUUCAUCAAAACUAUUAUUUCAUCAGGAAUCCAUACAGGGUUGGCUAUUUUUUAAUAAAGAAAUUUGAAACAUUAAGGAAACUGCCCAUUAUUGCUUUACUUCAAGCUCUAAAAGGGUUAUAAAUAAAUGCAUGAACACUUCUAUUAUUUCCAAUGUCAAAAACAAAGCAACAGCAGCCUUUACCUAGCAAGAUAUAAUAUUUCAACUAAUUUUCUUUUUAAAUUAACAAAUAUUUUUAGGCUUUAUGUGGGCAGAUGGCUCAGGAUUAACUUAUACCCACUGGAAUCAAGGGGAGCCAAACAACCUGCUGAAUCGGUGAGUACAAUAUAUAUAAGAAUCUUGUAAAUAAAUUCCACAUAAAUAAUUUUGAAGACUCAUUGCUCAUUAAAUAUUAACAAGUUUUAGUAAGUAUUUUUGCACAUCCUUUUAAUUAAAAAAUUAAUUUUUACCAGUGAGGAUUGUGUUCAGUGGACACUGCCUCUCAAUAGAUGGGCUGACAAUUAUUGCUACAUAGCGAACAGUUUCAUCUGCCAGGCACCAAGAGGUAAGACUGACUUAAACCUGUUAAUAUGUCAUUUUAGUAGUUUUUCUAAAACUGUUUCUUUCAAGACUUGAAACUCACAAAAAAGACUUACAAAUAAAUCCAACUAUAAUAUAUCCAUUGUGCAUAAAAUGUCAAUAACAAUUUUUGUAUUGACAUCAUCUUGAGAUUGAUCAGUCUGUGUGCUUCGUACAAAAGUAUUAUGUAAAGAACUGGGAAUUCUUAUCUUUGAUAACAAUUCCAUCUAUUCAUUUUAGGUAACACAUACAUUUGUGUAAGAAACUAUUUUCAUAAGUCUCUUCAAAACAUUUUCUCCCACAGACUUUUUACAUCUUUGAUAUUCCCUGUUGCUUUAAAAUAUUACUCUCUAACAGGAGCUAUAGUGCCAACAACUAGACCCACUGUUACACCAGGAAGAAAUAGUAAGUUAUUAUUGUCAUUACCAUAUCAUUAGUCAUUGCUUUAAAAGAAUAGAUGAUAUAAAGUUUCAUGGGCUUGAUCAGGUUCAGGCUUUUGUUUUUGCUCUAAGGAAAACAUGAAAGGUAUCUUUAUCUCAUUAACGUUUUUGAAAGGCCUGUUGUAUAGUUUUAUCCAUAUUUCACCAACAGCCCUAUGUUCAAAAUUCCCCACCUUUAUUGGUUCUUUAUAUCUUUUUCUUUAUUCUUCUACUAUUCAUGUUUGUUAAAAUUAAAGUUUUGUUUUGCUUAAAAAUAGAGACAUGUUAAAUCUCCAUAGCUCCACAGUGUGGCAAUUCCACCAACUGGACACAGUAUAAUGGCUAUUGCUAUUAUGUGAGCUCACCAACCGGGAACCAAUCUCUGGUUUCAUGGUUUCAAGCUCGGUUGAUUUGCAAGGAUAUGUCAGCAGAAUUGGUUAGCAUUGGAAGUGACGAUGAAAAUGGCUAUGUCACAACAAUGGUGAGUUCAACAGGCAUGGUUCUCUUAGGUCUUAGCUGUAAUAAUAAUUAAGUUAUAAAAUUAAUAUUCAUAUCCAAUAGUCUGAAAAUCCAUAUUUUAUCCUGCAGUCUGCCCAUGAACUCUAUCUAUUUAUAGGAAUACAAGCCUUCAAACAAAUAUAUUUAAAAAUAAUAACCAAGAAAUUUGGACAAAUUUUUAUAGUGGAUCUUUCAGUUACUUUCUCUUUGAUCUCUAGAGCUAGUACUCUUUAGUCUUCUCAAAUAUGUGUUACUCUGCAAAUAUUCUUCAAGAUUAAAUUUACAUUCCAAAAUGGCUAAAUUCACAGCUCAGCAGAAGCCCUGUGGAUUCCUUCUGGAUUGGACUCAAUGAUUUGGAACAGGGUAGUUACAGGUGAUGCAUGAUUGAUAUCAGUUCUUUACAAAAUAAUUUUUGUUUGUUUAAAAAUAAGGAUUAUUUUAAUGCACACACUGUGAUAUAAAAAUCAUAAGGUUACACUUAGGUUUUUAAAUAUUGUAUUGCUGAGAAAGAUGAAGCCUGUGACAGUAGAAGUAAUGGGCUGGACAUGCUGCAAGUGUAUUAAAAAGCAGCAAGGCUAAACAAAUAAUAAUGUCAUACUAUCAGCUGGAAAAAUUGUUUCCAAGAUUGUCUAAAAGUAUUCCUCAAAUCCAUGGACCGUUUUUUCUGUUGUUUUGUUUGCUGAUGAAGGCUUUCUAUCGACACAUUCGUUGUUUUGUUGCGUUCCUUUUUUCAGGUUUAACCCUUUUUGUUUUUACUCAUUUUAUAUUGUGCUAACCUGAUUGCAGUCUCUCCCCUUAUUACCCUAUUCCUUAUGGAGAGUGAUACUUGAAAUGGAAUAUGGAGGAUUAUAAUUUUAUAGGAACUGCUUCUACAUAAUUUAAUUGUUCUUCAUUUGUUAUCUCUAGUUGGACAGACAUUAGCCCCAUUGUCUUUGUGAGUUGGGGUCUUCAUCAGCCUGAUGAUGCUUAUGGUGGAGAACAGUGUGUUGAAACAAACUCUUAUGGUGAGUUAAUCAAAGUCCGUGUUUCCAAGAUUCUCACUAUAAUUUUUUCACAGUUUUGAAAUGUUAUUGAGAACAUACCCUAGACAAUAAGUGUGCUGUAUAGACAUAUUUAUAUAAAAAAGCAAAGCUUUUUAUAGGGACAAAUUUGACUUUAAAUAUUUGUAGGGAUUUUGAAAAUGGAAAAUUUAAUUAGAACUUGAAUGUUUGAGGAAAUUCCUUUAACAGAGUUACAGUAUUACUUUAAAAGAAAUGAUUUUUUAGUACAAUUUGUAGGUCAACAUAUGACCAAAUAUAUGUGUGUAAAGCACAGCACUUCAUGUUACUGUUUUUGACAAAAAAUAUUAGUGAAUUUUGCUGGCAGAAUUUUAACAGUGUCUGCCGGCACCAACAAUGCUUAGAAAUAGUUUGAAAUUUUUAAAAUUACAAUAUCAUUUUAGAUUAAGAUUGGUGGAGUAAAAAGCAGUGUAACCCAUGAGUCUCAUUAAAGAUUGAAAUUUAGGCUUGUGCUCUAAUAUGUCCAGGCCAGUGGAAUGAUCAGUAUUGCCAGGAGAAGAGAGGCUACGUCUGCAAGAGGCGUCCUGGCAAUGCCACUCCACCACCCAUAACAACACCCAGCACUAAUGGGGGCUGUCCUAGAGACUUCAAGACUUUGCCGUCAUGUUAGUAGACGAAUGUGUUGUUGAUGUCCAUCUUUGUUUAACAUAAUUUAUAGGUAAUUCAGCUCAGAGUUAACAAAAGAUGGUGCUGAUGUGUAAAUAUUUUUUUUUUAAACUAACCACUCAUUCAUUCUGUUUUACCUUAGAAAAUUUAAAAUCUCCAUAAGCAUCUAUAAAAAAGAAAAAAAAAGAGUUAAAGUUGUAAUCUUAAGUUUUACAAAUUUAUUUCUAAGGUAUACAUUAUUCUAUGUCAUACGCUUGCAGCCUAUGAAACUCAGGCCAGAUGUGGGAUGCAGAAUUUUUUUUAGCUAUAUACUAUAUAAAAUUUGGUUGAGCAGGUUGACGUAUAGGUGGUGGUUGCAUGCUGAAUUAAUGUAAAUUUCUAAUUUGACACAACAUCGUGAAAAUUGUUCUGACCCUCACCUCUAUAAGACAUAUUUUAAAAUUCUAUUUAAAAGAUACCAUUGAGUUUCAAGGAUUAAAUUUUUAAAAAGGGAUUUUAACCUUAAAUUUGAACUUUAUUAUUUUUUUUGUCAAACGACCAAAAAAAACAACAACAAAAACAACUUUAACAUAGUGUGUUUUUUUAUGUAAAAAAAAAAAUAAUUUACAAAAACUUGGUGUCAGAAAUAUAGAUUAGCUUUACUGGCCUUCUUAACAUCUAUACUAUGUCUUAAAAUCUUUGACCUCAAAUCUCUUAGUGUCUCGAUGUUACUAUGUUGGCGGAACCACUCAGCCUGAACGUAAGACAUUCAAUGAUGCCAUAAAGGCCUGUGAGUUGAUGGUCCACAAGUCCCAGUUGGCAUCUGUGCACAGCACUAUGGAAGAGAGUGAGUGAUAGACAGGGAGAAUCAGUAACCAAAAUUCUGUUAUUAAAAAAAGUCGUUUUUUAUGUUUGGUCCAAUCUGGUUGAUUUGUGUGCAUAAUCUCUAAACCAAUGAAGAGACUUAAUUUCAUGAAGAUCCAAUGUUUUUUUUCUCUUUAUCUUAUACAUAAGGGAUUUUGAAAAUAACUAUUAUGGGGAAAGCACUACAAUUUUAUUACUCACUUUAUAUCAAAUUGCUUACAUCUUUAAAGGUGUAAGAAAAUCAGAUGAUCUUUUCCACAGAGUUCCUAAUAACUUUGGUAGCUGACCUGAAGUCCCCUGCCUGGAUUGGUUUCAAUGACCUCAAGGUCAGGAAUCGUUUUGGCUGGGUGGAUAAUCUCAAUGUGGACUACACCAAUUGGGGAUUACGACAACCCAAUGAAAACUUAAAUGAUAAUAAUCCACAAAACAGGGUAUGUUUCCACAUUUCUAUUGUUCCACAUAAAUUUUAUAUUUUUACAUAUCAUAUUAUUUAGCUGUUUCAGAUUCAUAUCAAAAAGCCUUACUUUGUGGUGACAGAUUAGACAGCAGAUUUUAAUUCCUAACUUUGGUGAUUGAGGGUUGCUUUUUUUUUUAGCUCAGUUUCUACAAGCACCCCGAGAAUGUCUGCAUCAAUGGGCUGAAAAGUCAAUGCCACCCAUAGCUGGAGCCCGAUGAAUAUAAAUCUGCUAUCUCUUGGUUUUAAUGAAGUCAAGAUCGCUAUAAAUCUACCGUCUCUUAGAUUUUCAGAAGUCAAGAUAACUAUAAAUCUGCUGUCUCUUGUCAUUGAGGAGGUCAAGAUGACUAUAAAUCUGUUGUCUCUUGGUUUUGAGGAAGACAAUAUUAACAUCAUUUAAGAGAGACGCUAAGUUUUCAUUGUAACCAAUGGCUCUCACUUAGGAGUUAAAAAAAAAAAUCCUUGUGGUAACAUAUUAAGAAGUUUCUGAAAAUCAAAGGGAAGGCAUCCAGACCUCAUGGAUCUGUUUGGGGCCAUAAAUGAUGUAGUGCUACUUUGGCCAUUUUACCCAACCCCCUCCUUCCUCAAAUCAUCAAAAUUUUAGAUAUAACACAACAUCACACAUUAGUUCAUGACCCCUCACCCCAGGUUUGUCAUGACAUUCAUUGAUGGCCCCUUAAAAGACACCAUAAAGAAAUCAUCUACUGCAUCUUAGGGUCUUGCAGACAACUGAACAAUAGCUUGGUUGUAAUGUUCACCUCUGCACCAUCUUCAGCCACAACUUAUUUUAAAAAUAAAAGAAGUUGUUGAUAAUUUUAAUUAAACCAUUUUUUCUCAUGUGGCACAUGGGUAAAGCUUACAUGCAGUCAGAGGCACCACUAUUAUUGGUGUUACCCGGUGGGAUAAACUCAUAGUGUCACCCACAACCCCUCUAUGACCUCCGCCCCCAGACAUGCACAGAGUAUUUCUUAGACAGAUCAUACAGAAUCAUUUUUCAGACAUAUCAUACAGAACCAUUUUUUAGACAGAUCAUACAGAAUCAUUUCUUACACAGAUCAUACAGAAUUAUUUUUUAGACAGAUCAUACAGAAUCAUUUCUUACACAGAUCAUACAGAAUUAUUUUUUAGACAGAUCAUACAGAACAACUUAUUUCAUUGUUUUCAAAUUAAGUCAUAAAGUAAAAAAGAAAUACGUAGAAGAAAGCUUAGGAUUACAGGUAUUAGCCUUUGAAAUAUGCAACAAAUUUACUUCGUAUUGAAGCAUUAAAGAUUACCAUUAAAGCUUCAAAGAUUUAAUAAAAAACUGUCAUCCACUUCAUCAUAAACAACACUAUUCAACUCUUAAAAGUUUAAAUGAUAUUCUUCUUGAUAUUUGUGAGUAACCAUAAUUUUUUUUUUUUUUUAAAUAAAUUUUCAGCUUGACUGUGUUGACAUGGAAACUGGUGUACAGGUUGUUGGGACAUGGGAUGAUAAGAGAUGCGGUGACAAGUAUGCCUACAUCUGUGAAUCUAAUAAAGGUAGGCUGCUUACAGCAGGCAUCCAAAUUUUUCGUUUUCAACUAUUGAUAUGUUUCCUAAUAAUAAUGUGUAAAUGAUCAUAAAUAAUCACUUAGGACCUCUUUUGGGCCACAAAACUGUAAUUUCUCGCAAAUCCAGAGUGUUUCUUUACUGAGGAUUCAAAUGUUUUAGGAAAUCUGAAUGCUUAAUCAAUGAAUGAGUGUAACAAAUAAAGCUCAAUAAAGUUACUUGGCUUUCAAAUAGAUUGUAACAUGGACACACAAAAAUGACAAAGCAAAAACCACCAUAAAGUUAUCCUUCUCUGGGUCUGAGGCUGGUAUAGAAAUUCCUUUGAUAAGGACAUAAUUGGAGGACAUAAUGAAAGCUCCAAGCUCCAAGUGAAGGCUGCUAUCCAGAUGAUAAUUAUGAUCUUUACAUUGCAAUCAGAUAAAUAAACUGAUUGUUAGAGGGUUACCAUUAUAGCUGGUUUGUUGACGUUUAAACCUGAAAAAUUUUGAAUGUCUUGUGAAAUUAAGUAGGUCAAGAGUGUGUCGCCAACAUACAAAGUUUUGGAAGGUUUUGAUCUAAAGAAAAAGGUUCUGUAGAAAUUCACCUAAGCUUGAGUUAUUAAGAUUUUUAUUUUAAGAAAAAAAAAAAAUUAAAUAGAAGGUAUUUUCAUUGGACAAAACAGACAAAAAGAGGAAAAAAUAUAAGUAUGGUGAAAAAAAAAUCAGUUAUCAUGUUUUAGAAAAGGUCAUAAGAACAAAACAAAGGUGAAGCCUGAUGGGAUGUUUAAAGAUGUGGGCUGUUUUGGUAGUUUGUAAGAAAACAGUUUGACAUUGUCAAAUAUAGUGAGCAGUAGGGAUGAAAGAAUCAAUUAGGUUCAGGCAAUACAUAGAAAUUGUGUUAAAACUGCCGACAAAAAUGCACCAAGCUGAUUUAACUCAGGUAGGUGUAUUUUCAGAAGAUUAGAUUUGCAGUAAUCUACUCAUCAGGGACACCCUAAUGGUCAACAUCAAUCGGCCAUAACAACCGGAGAGCUGAAAAAGGAAAUCCAGUAAAGGCCAGUGCAAUGCGCUCCAUUCACAUCUGCCGACUUUGCGCCAGAACGUUUUGUGCCUAAAUGGGCCUGAUCUGGGAUCUGGGCACUCACAGAGCAAACCAGCCCCCCCCCCCCCCCCCCCCCCCCCCCCCCCUCCCCGAUCAGCUGAUCCUUGUUGAGUCAGCAGACACAAACACUGAUAUAGUUAUAAAGAUAUAAGUUUAACUGUUCAACACUCCAUUACAUCUAUAAUACUUUAAUCAUUGAAUAUUUAAUAUCAUCCUUUCCAUUGCCAUAGACAACAUAUCUCAAUCUGUCCCCCAGGUCUCAUGUUGCCAACUGCUGCACCAAACAGUACAGGGUGCCCACAAACCUACAGCAGGUUCCAAAAUAGCUGUUACAAAUUUUAUGGCAACAAUGCAUUUAACUGGACAGUCGCUGAAGGCUACUGUGUUUCAGAAGGUGGCCAUCUGGUCAGUCUAGAUUCCCUGUAAGUCCUGUAACUUUUUAUUUGAGAAAAAAAUUAUGUGUUGUCUGUUUUUGUCAUAAGAAGUUCGGCUUAGGAAAUAUCGUUAUGUACUCAUUCUCCCUGAAAGGAUUUUUUUUUUUUUCAUUUGAUAAAAAUGUUGUUGCUUUGUGAUUCAAAAGUUGAAAAUUAUAUUAAUUUAUUGUAAGUCUAAUAGUAAUAGUAAAUACCAAGUAUCUUAAAGUUUUGGUACUUAUGAAAAAAUAUCUUCUUAUCCUUAACAUAGAGUUGUAUUUCUUAUCUGCUGGUCUCAUUAACAAUGCAUGGUUCUUUUUAUAACUCAAUUUUAUUCAGGGCUGAGCAGGCUUAUGUUGAGAUCGCCACCCAACACUCAGAUGCAAUACAGUUCUGGGUUGGAAUGUCUUAUUCAUUUGUAAGUCUUUUUGUCUUCUUUUCAUGAAUAAAAAUACAAUAAUUUUGUAUAUUUAUUUCUGUGAAUUUAUAUGUGCAUGAAUUAUUUUUGUUUUUUUAUGAAUAUGAUAUAAAUAUAAAAUGUUUCCAGACCCUGCAAGGUUUUGGGUGGUCAAAUGGAUGGCCGGUCAAAUUUACAAACUGGGGCACUGGACAGCCAGACCUCUCUGGCUUGGGGAUGCAAUCAUGUGUCAGUCACACUGUUGAUGGUCAAUGGCAGGACCUUCCUUGUGUCAUGCAACUCAACUACAUGUGUGAGAUCAAUCUAGGUGAGCACUGCCAUGCUAUAAUUGUUAUUUUUUGUGGCUUAAAACAUUAUUUCCGAAACAUUUAGGCUUGGUGGAUUUGAACAUUCUUUCCCAAACAUUUAGUCUUGAUGGAUUGGAACAUUGUUUUCCAAACAUUUAGGCUUGGUGGAUUGGAACAUUGAUUCCCAAACAUUUAGGUUCCGUAGAUUGGAACAUUGUUUCCCAAACAUUUAGGCUUGGUGGAUUGGAACAUUGUUUCCCAAACAUUUAGGCUCGGUGGAUUGGCUGGUUGAGUUUUCCCAUGUCACCAGAGAUUAUUUUAAUAUUUUUCUUUGACCUUAUUUAUGCCAUGUCAUAUUUAUUUUUUUUUUACCCAGGGGGAAAGGGCUUGGACAUCUACCAUUAAUUAUGUCAACCAAAUAAGGGGAAGGAGGUUGAAACUUUUUUGACAUUUAUUGAAAAGGGAUAUGAGGAGGUGGCAUAGGAAGGAGUGCUGAGGAACGCUGUACACCAUGGGUGGCACAUUUUUCUUUAUGUGGAAUGGGCAUUUACGACCAAAUGCAGAGUAUUAUUGGUGGAAGGAGGGCAGUAAAAGUCUUUGCCUUCCCUGUAAGGCAAUGACCCCCUGGGAUUGAUCUUUAAUAGGUCUAGAUAAUUUGUUGCAAAUAUAUAUGGUCAUUUUAAUGGGUUUAAAAAUUCUUAUAAUUUCAAAUGGUCAGAUAAGCUCCUGGUGGACCUCAAAAAUUAGCACUUACUUCUCAAAAAAAAAAAAAAAAAGUUUUGCUUUGGAGCACCUCCCAAAAAAAGGUGAUGGCAAUUAUUUCACACAGAGAGGAAACGAUCACAAGCAUUGAAGCAUUAGACAAGACAAGGUUGAAGUCAUCACAAGCACUGAAGCAUUAGACAAGACAAGGUUGAUGUCAUCACAAGCACUGAAGCAUUAGACAAGACAAGGUUGAUGUCAUCAUAAGCACUGAAGCAUUAGACAAGACAAGGUUGAUGUCAUCAUUGAUGUCAUCAUAAGCACUGAAGCAUUAGACAAGACAAGGUUGAUGUCAUCACAAGCACUGAAGCAUUAGACAAGACAAGGUUGAUGUCAUCACAAGCACUGAAGCAUUAGACAAGACAAGGUUGAUGUCAUCAUAAGCACUGAAGCAUUAGACAAGACAAGGUUGAUGUCAUCAUAAGCAUUGAAGCAUUAGACAAGACAAGGUUGAUGUCAUCAUAAGCAUUGAAGCAUUAGACAAGACAAGGUUGAUGUCAUCACAAGCACUGAAGCAUUAGACAAGACAAGGUUGAUGUCGGCCAGUUCCAAAAUAAAUUUUACCGCACAACAUACACUUUAAUCUUUCUUAUUUUCCGUAAAUAGGUUUCCAUUUACUACUUCCUAGCCCCUCGACUACCAACUUACCCCUCCCAUCACAACACCCACUACGCCAACCUCAACUCUCUCCUAUCAUCCUGAUGUUCACCAACCUCAACUCUCUCCUAUCAUCCAACCUCUACUCUCUCCUAUCAUCCUGAUGUUCACCAACCUCAACUCUCUCCUAUCAUCCUACCUCAACUCUCUCCUAUCAUCCAACCUCAACUCUCUCCUAUCAUCCUGAUGUUCACCAACCUCAACUCUCUCCUAUCAUCCAACCUCAACUCUCUCCUAUCAUCCUGAUGUUCACCAACCUCAACUCUCUCCUAUCAUCCUGAUGUUCACCAACCUCUACUCUCUCCUAUCAUCCUGAUGUUCUUCUCAAUACUCCACCCCUCUUUUCGGUUUCUGCAGUUCUUCAACCCUCCGCUAAACCCACUGCCUCUUUCCUCAUCAACUGCGAUCAGAGUUGUUCUUCCUUUCUAUGAAUCAUCAUAUUAUUACGCCAUAUGCUUGGAUAAACUGAUACGAAAUCUCUUAGGAUUUAUCUUGGCGGUUAAUUAUUUCAAAGUCUUUGCACUAUUCCAGCAUAUCUGUGUUAUCUCCUUUUUCUUCUGUUUCAGAUUUAUAUGGUAGUAAAUGAAAAACAAUAGUGGUACACAUUUUUCUACCCCCCCCCCCCAACCAAUAACCACUACAUCCAAUACUACUUCCUGUGAUAUCAAAAACCAUAUUGGUACACAGUUUUCUUCCCCCCCCCCCCCAACCAAUAACCACUACAUCCAAUACUACUUCCUGUGAUAUCAACCUAAUGUAUUUAUUUUAUUUGGUUUAGCUCCCCCACCUACCCCUACACCGACAAUUCCAGCCACCCUGGCCAUCUGCCCCAAGAACUGGGUCAUGUAUGGCUCCAACUGUUACUAUUUUGAGAAGAGAUUGACGAAGUCUUGGUCUGGUGCAAACUAUGCCUGUAGUAUGCUUGGUGCCGGUUUGGUUAAUAUUCUAAGCGAUGAUGAGGCUCAUUACAUCACCACAAUGUUAACCUCUGUCAACCUGAAUGCAUGGAUUGGACUUAGCAGAGGAGAAGGACGUAAGUUCAAAAAAAAUAUAAUAAUUAAAAAAUAUUAUAGCAUGAUGUAUGAAAAUGCUUUUAAAAAUUAAUAUUUUGUGGGUCCAAUGUAGUUUGAGUUUAGAAUAGCAGUUAAAAAAUAUUCCCCUUCUUUUCAAUACAGUUAUCCAUUAACAGUAGUUUUCAAGAAUAAUUUUCAUUUAAAAAAAUUUGAACUGUGAAAAAAUUAUUAUUUUCAUGUUGACUCUGGAGACUGUGAAAUGUCUAUAACAGGGGUGGGAAACCUACUUUCCACUGGCAGCUUUAGGCCCACUGCAAAUGGUUAAAAUGAUGAGCAAAGCCUUCUUGAUACUGGAUUAAUAUUUUCGUAAAUUGUACUAAUUGUGAAGUAAUAAUCACAGUGUAAAGUUGUUGAACUCUAAUAAUAAUAAUAAUAAUCACUGCAAAUUUAAAAAUGAUUCUACUGCUUAUUUUCAAAGUGUUCUUUCAGCUUUUAUUGAGCUCAUCUUUAAUGCCAUCUAUUAAAACUAGAACUCAAGAUUCCUAACAAAUUAUCUUAUGAGCCGACCCAUUUCCAUAUAGGGCUCUGCACAAAGUGGUUGCCCCUGAGGUUGCCCACUGAGGUUUUCCCACUGAGGUUUCCCACUGAGGUUGCCCACCGAGGUUUUCCCACCGAGGUUUUCCCACCAAGGUUUCCCACCAAGUUGCCCACCCAGGUUUCCCACCACUGGUCUAUAACUAGUGCAUGAAAAUAAUAGAAACCACCUCAUGUAACAAACUCCAUAGACAUUUGACGAACUAGAAAUAGAUUCCACAUUUUUAAAAAUAAAUAAGUUAAAGCAUUGAGCUACCAAUCAUAGAAAAAUAAGUGUAUGCAUGCAAGAAUGUCAUGUAUUAACUUCUUUGGUUUGGUUCUUAAUUCAAUAAAUCUGUUCACUGGUUUCAGUUGGUUUUGCCUGGACUGACAAAUCCCCUGUGGCUUAUGUCUACUGGGGUCAAAAUGAACCAAACGACCAAGAUCCCACAAUGCACCAAGACUGUGUCAGGGUAAGUAUGCAUUUCUAUUACUUACCAGGAUUCAACAAUUUUCAUAUCUUCUUCUUCUGUCCACUUUUACUGGGGGGGGGGGGUAUUUGUCACAGACGGUACAGUUGUAAUUAGUCACAAGUUGUGAGGCCUGCUGGAGGUUCAUGUUGUGGUCUCAUAAGGUGUCCUUAACACAGAUGAUCCACCAGUGAUGUGGUCGUCCUCUUGCCUUGCCUGCAAUGCAGGUUGGUUGACAGGCAUCUGACUAGGUGGCCAGCCAAACCUAUUAUUAUGCUGUUGAGAUCUGCGGUAUGUUAUUAGUGUUCCAAUGGCAGCAGUGGUAUGUUAUAAUUGUUUCGGUUGGCUCCACUUGCAUGGCUCUGGCAUGUUUAUUGUUGCACCACUUGGAGCCGUGGUAAUUAUAUGGACAGGUAUGCUUUUCAGAAAAUAUUCUUUUCUCUCUUGCAUCUAUGUAUAAGCAUUGGUAAAUACUGAUUUGAUCCUUGACUCGAUACACUGGCAGCCAAUUCAAUAAUCUAAUGCAUCGGAUUACCUUAAAUUUAUAUGGUAUUUAUAUAAAUAUGCAUAAAUAUAAAACAAAAAUAUAUAUGUGUGUUUGUGUGUGCUAAUUUAAACUGAAAAAAAUAUAGUGGAGGGAAUUUAAAUAAUGAAUUUGGCCGUACCCUAAUAUAAAGUUAUAUAUUUUUUCAAGGCUUCCAAAAAUGAUGGCACGUGGGCUGAUACUGACUGCUUUGAUCAGAAUCCUUACAUCUGCAAGAUGCCAACAAGUUUGUUCUUACUUUUGUUAUAUUAGUUAAAAGGAGAUGUUUUCGGAUAAAUUAGUUAAUGAAGUAACAGAGUUUAUUUUAAACAGAUUGUAUGUUGAUUUGGCUAAAUGAUGUAAGCAUGUGUUAAAUAAAUUUGAAGAAAACAUGAUUAAAAUAUAUAUAGUUGUUAUUCAAAAUUAUCAUUUAUCUAACAUUAUUUUUUCCAUUUAGGAAUUGCUCCAAGUACAUCUCCAACACCGUAUAAUCCUAAUGGCCAGAACACACCUUAUAAUCCUAAUGGCCAGAACACACCUUAUAAUCCUAAUGGCCAGAACACACCUUAUAAUCCUAAUGGCCAGAACACACCUUAUAAUCCUAAUGGCCAGAACACACCUUAUAUUCCGAAUGGCCAGAACACUCCUUAUAAUCCUAAUGGUCAGAACACACAAGGAGGAAUAAUUACCAAUUUUAAUCCCAUUGGAACAAGUACCCCUGGUCAAGGCAUUACAAAUAAAUAUGUUGGAGGAAUUAAUAAUAAUAAUGGUAUGAUUAUAUAUAGUAUAGCCUUAUAGGAAAUCUUUGUAUGCAUUUUAAUAAUUUUGCAAAUAAUUCUACUAAUAUAGUCUUUAAAAUCACACCCAGGAUGGGUGAGAGGGUUAAAAAACUAUUGACAAUAAUAAAAUUGUAUUAAUUAUUUUUAAAGUAUUAAAAUAUUUUCUAUUUAAAAAAACAAAAAACAAAUAUAUUUAAUUAUUUUAAAAAAAAUAAGAUAAAUAUAUUACAAUUUUUUGCAUCAGAUUCAUCCUUGGGUGGUGGCUCUAUUGCCGGAAUCGUCAUUGGCUGUGUUGCCAUCAUAGCCAUCGCUGUGACUGUCAUGUUUGUGGCCAGAAAAUACUUCAACUUCCAAGGCCUGACCAGGCUGCCCUUCUCUUCAAACAACUCAGGUUUUGACAACGCCACGUACAGCACAGGGAGAGAAGACAAGGUUAACUUAUCUAUCUCCAAUGCUUGAUACUCAAUGAACUUUUUGCUUUCCGAUUCAUUAUUUGUGAGUGGAGUAACUCCCAAUUCUUUAGUUGUGAUAUUUUCAGAAUGAACUAAUAGACCUUAAUACAUGUGUGAGAUUUUGUCAAAAAUUUUACUGCAGUUCUGAGCUCCCCUAUUUUUUUUAAAAGAGAAAAAAAUACCACUCGUAUAAUUAAUUUGACUAAGGUUUUGACUGGUAGUGAACCAAAAUCUCAAAACUUCCAAAGUGAAACAAUCAAUGCGAUUCCCUUCGGCUAAUAUUUGACAAAGUGAUCAUAACAUUUUAUUUUUAGUUGAAUGGCAGAAAAAUAUAUACGUAGGAAGUUUGUAGAGACCUUGACUUAUGGGCCCAAGAAGCCAAACACAAUUAGGAAUUUUAAAUACUGUUUUUUUUGUGUGGUCCUCUAAGAUUUAAGGAUCACAACUUUUUUGAAAUGUGCAAUAAAUAAAUGAUUUUAACAGUGCAAUUGAUUGUAAACUAGUGUAUUAUAGUAUGCAUGUAAGUUUAAUAAUAUUUGAAUAUAUUUUGUAUCUGUAUCUGUAAUAUAAAUAAAAUUUGAAUUGGUAUGGUGACUUAAGUUAUUAUUUUAUUUUUAUUUCUCACAAAAAGUCUGCAUUCCUAAAUAUAUUUCAUUGUAGAUCAAUAAUAUUCAGCAUUUAAUUUUUGUAAAAGAAUAGUGCAUUAAUACUCUUCUCUUUAAGUUCUGUA